CGCGGUCACGUGACGGCGUUUAAAUCUCCCGCAGCCGGAGCCGCGGGGGCGCCAGAGCCGCGAGUGCGAGCGGGAGCGGAGCAGGCGAGGCGGCGGCCAGAGAGGCAGUUUGAAGAUGGCGGACGAGGCGGCGCUCGCCCUUCAGCCCGGCGGCGGCUCCCCUUCCGCAGAGGCGGCCGAGAGGGAGGCCUCUCCGCCGCUCCCCGGGGAGCCGCUUCGUAAGCGGCCGCGGAGGGACGGCGCGGGCCUCGGGCGGAGCCCGGGCGAGCCCGAUGGGGCAGCCCCGGAGCGAGAGGCGCUGGCGGCGGCCGGGGGCGGCCCGGCGGCGGCGGCCGGCGGCGAAUGGGAGGCCCAGGCGGCGGCGACGGCGGGCGGAGGAGGAGACAAUGGACCCGGCCUGCAGGGCCCCUCCUGGGACCCGCCGCCGCCGGACGACGACUUCGAUGACGACGACGAGGACGAGGAGGAGGAAGAGGCGGCGGCAGCGGCGGCGGCGGCAGGGAUUGGGUACCGAGAUAACCUUCUGUUUGGUGAUGAAAUAAUUACCAAUGGUUUCCAUUCCUGUGAAAGUGAUGAGGAUGAUCGAGCCUCACAUGCAAGCUCUAGUGACUGGACUCCAAGGCCACGGAUAGGUCCAUAUGCUUUUGUCCAGCAACAUCUCAUGAUUGGCACAGAUCCUCGAACAAUUCUAAAAGAUUUACUACCAGAAACAAUUCCUCCACCUGAAUGGGAUGAUAUGACACUGUGGCAGAUUGUUAUUAAUAUCCUUUCAGAACCACCAAAAAGGAAAAAAAGAAAAGAUAUUAACACAAUAGAAGAUGCUGUGAAAUUACUGCAGGAAUGCAAAAAAAUAAUAGUUCUAACUGGAGCUGGGGUUUCUGUUUCUUGUGGAAUACCUGACUUCAGGUCAAGAGAUGGUAUUUAUGCUCGGCUUGCAGUAGACUUCCCAGACCUUCCAGAUCCUCAAGCAAUGUUUGAUAUUGAGUAUUUCAGAAAAGACCCAAGACCAUUCUUCAAGUUCGCAAAGGAAAUAUAUCCUGGACAAUUCCAGCCAUCUCUCUGUCACAAAUUCAUAGCAUUGUCGGAUAAGGAAGGAAAACUACUUCGCAACUAUACUCAGAACAUAGAUACACUGGAACAGGUUGCAGGAAUCCAAAGGAUAAUUCAAUGUCAUGGUUCAUUUGCAACAGCAUCUUGCCUGAUUUGCAAAUACAAAGUUGACUGUGAAGCUGUACGAGGAGAUAUUUUUAAUCAGGUGGUUCCUCGAUGUCCUAGGUGCCCAGCUGAUGAACCACUUGCUAUUAUGAAACCAGAGAUUGUCUUUUUUGGUGAAAAUUUACCAGAACAAUUUCAUAGAGCCAUGAAGUAUGACAAAGAUGAAGUUGAUCUCCUCAUUGUUAUUGGGUCUUCCCUGAAAGUUAGACCAGUAGCACUAAUUCCAAGUUCCAUACCCCAUGAAGUGCCUCAGAUAUUGAUUAAUAGGGAACCUUUGCCUCAUCUGCAUUUUGAUGUGGAGCUUCUUGGAGACUGUGAUGUCAUCAUUAAUGAAUUGUGUCAUAGGUUAGGUGGUGAAUAUGCCAAACUUUGCUGCAACCCUAUAAAGCUUUCAGAAAUUACUGAAAAACCUCCACGAACACAAAAAGAGCUGGCUCAUUUGUCGGAGUUGCCACCCACACCUCUUAAUAUUUCAGAAGGCUCCAGUUCCCCAGAAAGAACUUCACCACCAGAUUCUUCAGUGAUCGCCACACUUUUGGACCAUGCAGCGAAGAGUAAUAUUGAUGAUCCAGAUGUGUCUGAAUCAAAAGAUUGUAUGGAAGAAAAAUCACAGGCAAUACAGACUUCUAAGAGCAUUGAAAGUGUUACUGAACAGUUGGAGAGUUCAGAUUUGAAGAACAUUAGCUCCAGUACUGGGGGAAAAAAUGAAAGAACUUCAGUAUCUGAAACAGUGAGAAAGUGCUGGCCAGCCAAGAUUGCAAAGGAGCAGAUUAGUAAACGGCUUGAUGGUAACCAAUACCUAUUUUUACCACCAAAUCGUUACAUUUUUCAUGGUGCCGAAGUAUAUUCAGACUCUGAAGAUGAUGUCUUGCCCUCUAGUUCUUGCGGCAGUAAUAGUGACAGUGGGACCUGCCAGAGCCCGAGUCUGGAAGAGCCGUUGGAGGAUGAAAGUGAGAUGGAAGAGUUUUACAAUGGUUUGGAAGAUGACCCUGAUAUUAAUGAGAGCGCUGGGGGAACUGAAUUUGGAGCUGAUGAAGGUGAUCAAGAGGAAGUCAGUGAAACUAUAUCUAUGAAACAGGAAGCAACAGACAUUAAUUACCCAUCAAACAAAUCAUAAUGUAAUAAUUUUCCAGGUACAGGAAUUGUUCCACCAGCAUUAGGAACCUUUAGCAUGUCAAAAUGAAUGUUUACUUGUGAAUACGAUAGAACAAAGGAAACAUGAAAGAUUUAAUAUUUAUAGACUGGUAAAAUAGAUUUUUUUUUUUUCAUGGAUAAUUUUUAACUUCCUUAUUUCUGUACUAGUACACUUAACACUAAUUUUUUUUUUUUUAAAGAAAGGUACUAAGUAUCUUUAACCUGCUCUUGGUCAAGACUUUUAAAGGUUCAUUUGUAUGAUACAUCCAUAUGUAUAUAUAAUUUUUGUUUAUACAUUUUUGCCUAAUAAGUUUCAACAUCUUAAAGUUUUCAAAAAGCCAUUGGAAUGUUAACAUAAAAGGGAACAGCUUACCUAGACCAAAGAACGGUAUUUUCAUUUUUAUUUACUAUUUCUUUGUAACAUUGAAUAGUUUGAAAAACUCAAAUCUCUGUUCUGCUAAACUUUUGAUUCUUUAUUAGCACAAUUACCUAUUUUUAAACACUGGCAUUUUCCAAAACUUGUGGCAGCUAACUUUUUAAAAAUCUCAUAACAUGCAAUGUGAGUAGAAGGAAGUAAACAAUAUAUGGGAGAGCACUCAGUUUUCUUUGCUUUUUAAAGUAAGACUUGGUGCUAAGUUUCAGGAAUGUUGUAUUGUUCAAAUGAAGAUGGCUUUUGUACUUUAAUGGACAUGUAGAAAUGUCUAUAUUGGCUUAUAAAAAUAACCUGUAAAACAAACAAAUGCUUUGGAAAUGUUUCAA